AAUUUGACAGCAAGCCAAAUUCGUCUAUCCAAACGCCCAUUCGAGUCGGCUAUCCAAACGCAUCAGGCUUGUCGCGACCUUAUAGUCGUGCAUCUCGCAGUCAGUGCGGUCUGCUGUUCGGUAGUAGAGCAUCUUGCCUUUAUUCUGAUCGUGUCUGAUCCAUUUAACAAUUCAGCAGGGGUGGCAGAUCAACAGGGGUGGCGGUUUACCCUCCUUACACAUUCAGGUGCAGAUGGAGACGUCCCCUUUCGUGGAGAGAGUGGUGCGGCAAGAGGGAAAAUGGAAUCAUGCAGGGUCUGAUUUCAAGAAGAUUUGGCCCUAUGACGAAGAUUAUCAGAUUUCAACGGCGGCGCCUUUCACGUUCAGCCCCGACCUUCCUGAGGACGAACAGAUUCUGCUGACCACUGAGAAACUGCGCUUCAAUGGGGCCCAGGUGCUGCCCCUGCGCGACGGGGAUGGAGGCCGAGCAAGCUCGUUCAUGCUGUCGCCGCCUGUCCCACGCAGCGCAGAGAUUGAUCUGCACGUGGACAGCUUGGCUGCCAGGGUUCCCCAGGCCCCGGUGACCCCGAGUCACCAAGCGGAUCAUGUCGUGGCCUUUGGUUCCGCAGGCCAUGCGCUUAAGGGAGGAGCAGCGGGGACGCCGUCCAUGACCGCGCGCACGUCUGCGGGGCCGCUCCUGUCCAGCCGGGCUUGGAAGAGCGGGGUCCAAGUUCUUGCCAAGAAUGACGUCCCCGCCCCGCCUGGGCUGGCGACCUCGUACGUGUCGCCGGACGUGGCCAGGAAGAUGCGGUCGCGCGUGUACCCCGAGGUUAAGGAGACGCCAAGUUCGGGUAUCAGCCACCACCCGGACUUCCUGGUCGGCGUCAUCCGGGCCGAGUGCGACCCGUUCACGGGGAGCCCCUUCCCGUACGCAGAAGACCGCAAGCACAAUAUCCCUUGGUGGUAUGUCCCUACAGCCGAAGAGCCACAGGCGGAGGUGCCGUUCUAUGUCCUGCAAGUGUCAGGCCGUGUUACACUCGAGCAGAUGGGCUCCAUCUACAAGGUCCCGGACCACCGUCAGCACCUCCUCAUGGACGCCAUGAACCAGUACGUCCUGUGCCCGAACACCCUGUCAAUCAGCGUGGGCGACGUCAUCUCGUUCUCGGAUGAGAUGGGCAAGAUUAGGGCCUCCACCACGCCCGGGUCGUCGGGGGGCGCGGUCGGGAAGCUCGGGGACCGCCCCUUGCUCCUCUACGGCGUGCACCGCAACGCCAACCCGGACGAGCAGCGCCUCUGCAGCGACACCGAGGCGAAUUACAAUUACUUCCAGCGACCCACGGAGCCGCACUUUGCAUGCGCGUACGUCGAAGCAGUCCUGCCCAUCCUCAAGCAUGUCCCAGCUGCGUCAUGGCCGGCUGCCUACAUGGUGACAGCUCUGCAGGAGUAUCUGCGCGCGAUGGAGACGGUCCUGAGGCAGCAGAAUCUCUGGCCAGUGGUAAAAGAAUUCUAUGAUGCCCAGCAAUGGGCAUUGCCAUAGAGGUGACGGACCGUUUGAAUCGUCGCAGAUUUCUGCUGCUUGUGCGGACGAAACGCAAAGGGUUAAGAUGGUACUACAGCUUGAGACGUGAAGUGCAGGUGGACUAGGACUUGCAAUUGGCGGACCCAUGACUCCGGUACAGAUUGGCAUGUUAUGCGAAAGAACUGACACAUGUCAUUCAGGCUAGUGUUCUACACGUAUGCAGAGGGAGAGUCACGAGGCCUUUCGACUUCCGCUUUCUUUGGAAAGCACCCAUACCCUUGCUCAUCACAUUUUCUUACGAUGUUGAGCAACUGUUGUUAAGGGAUGGGAAAUGGUGUCAUUAUCCUCGUUGUGGCCGCUUCAAGCAUUCACCCGAGGAUGAAAUAGUCGAUAAUCAACCGCAAUAUUAGCGGAGUCACCUUACAUGGAU